UUCAGUGAUCUCCACAACCAACAAGAUAAUGUUAAUCACUACAAAAACCCACCAUUUCACUCUAUUAAACAACCCAACCAUCAUUCCAUCUUUCCACCGCCGGCUAACCUGCUCCGCCGCCGCCGGUGCUCCACGGCUAGUUUCAAACCCACCUGACCUGAUCAAAUGGGUCAAAAAAGAAGGUGGAUUCGUACACCCUUUUGUUCGAAUUGCAGAUUCCGGCCCAUUUGGGCUUGGAUUGAUAGCUUCUGAAGAAAUCCCUAAAGGGUCGGAGCUCAUUGCCCUGCCGGAGCACAUUCCGUUGCGGUUUCCGGUGACUGAAUCUGAUAAUGGUGAUGGGUCUUAUUCCAGUUUGGUUAAUCUUUCUCGCCAUGUCCCUGAGGAGCUAUGGGCUAUGAAGUUGGGAUUAAAACUUCUUCAAGAAAGAGCAAAAACAGGCUCCUUUUGGUGGCCAUAUAUCAGCAAUCUCCCUGAAACUUUUACGGUUCCCAUUUUCUACCCAGGGGAGGAUAUAAAGAGCUUACAGUAUGCCCCUCUUCUUCACCAGGUGAAUAAGAGAUGCCGUUUCCUGCUUGACUUUGAUAAAGCAGUGAGACGUGAAGUUGAAGAUGUGAAUUUACAAGAUCAUCCUUUUGGAGGCCGGGAUGUUGAUGCAUCUUCAUUGGGGUGGGCUAUGUCCGCUGUUUCUACUAGAGCUUUCCGUUUACAUGGGAUUCAGAAUGGAAACCAUGGUGAUAUUCCGAUGAUGCUUCCUCUUAUUGAUAUGUGCAAUCAUAGCUUCAACCCCAAUGCGGAAAUCGUUCAGGAACAAAGUUCAGGAGAUCCAAAGAUGCUAGUAAAGGUUAUUGCGGGGAUGAAUAUCAAGGAGCGUGAUCAUAUGACUCUUAACUACGGGUGCUUGAGCAAUGAUCUUUUUCUACUAGAUUAUGGUUUUGUGGUGCCAUCAAAUCCGUAUGAUUGUAUUGAACUCAAGUAUGAUGGAGGUCUUUUUGAUGCUGCAAGCAUGGCAGCUGGGGUUUCAAACCCUAAUUUUUCUUCACCCGCUCCUUGGCAACAACAAAUUCUAUCAAAAUUGAAUUUAGAAGGAGAACAAGCUCAUCUCAAGGUGACUCUAGGAGGACCCGAAGUAGUAGAAGGUCGGUUAUUGGCUGCCUUGAGAGCACUCCUAGCAGACGAUGUCGAAACAGUACAAAAGCAUGAUCUAGAUACACUCAAAUCACUAUCCAUUAAGGCUCCGCUUGGAUUAUCAAAUGAAACAGCUGCUCUUCGUACACUUAUUGCAUUAUGUGUGAUAGCACUCAACCAUUUUCCCACCAAGAUAAUGGAAGAUGAAUUGCUACUUAAAGAGGGCAUUUCUACCUCAACCGAGUUGGCUUUACAGUUUAGAAUCCAAAAGAAAUCACUCAUAAUUGAUGUUAUGAGAGAUCUUACUAAGAGAGUGAAGUUACUUUCUUCAAGUGAAUCUCUUGCUUCUUAAAGGUCGAGACAUGUUCAAACCCAGGAUUUGAUGACCUAUACCAGACAAAGUUAUAAAAGACAUGGAUUGGCUAUGGCAUAUGAGACCUUGGCAGGCCCUCUUUUCUGUUCAAGUGUAGAAGCAAAACCAUUUUGGAAUUAUGGGAUGCUUGGUUAGGACUGAACUUUCGGACACAAAGACCCUGAUAGUAACAGACUUCUUUAAAGAACUGCUUCUCACCCUAGUCCGGUUUGCUUCUUGAUUGGUUUGUUUAUUUACUCCAAUUGAUUAGUUUUUUUGAACCCUGAUAAACAUUAUUUCAAGUUUAUGUUAUUUCAAAUCACAAUAGUUCGGUGUUUGGUUAAA